GGCCACCGGUGGGUUUACAAGGCACGGAGAUGGCCCGAUAAAUGGGUGAGCGGGUGCCAUCAUGACUUGUUCUCGCGAACUUUUGACACUAUUCUUCCGUGUAAUACUUUGGGUGCUCGCUCUCGCUCUGACACGACGCAUGACGCAUGACGAAAAAACGCUUGAAGAUCCGUUGUUUGGACCCCUGCAACUGUCCAAAUUUGGAAAUAGGUCCCUACUUUUUUGCACAUGAAUACGCACGGAAUCGAAGGACAAAACAGAAUGGGCAAACACGAAAAAGUAACAAUAACUAAUACUAACAAUAGUUGGAUAAAUGCUCCGUCUACCGUACCAAUAACCUACUAUAGUCACGAUACCUACCUAGGUAGAUAGCGCUCAGUAGUUUGUGUUCUUGUAUAUCAAAGCAACGAAGCCAAUAAUCAAGUCCAGACGUAUAUACCCACCCCCUCCCUUGUGAAAGUGCGUAUAUGUACCUAGUUAGACUUAAAGAGAGGAAAAGGGAAAAAAAGGGGGGGGCGUGAGAGGAAUAAACACGGAGAGAAGUGGGCUGAGAAUGGAUGAUCCACCCUUUGUCAGAUUGGCGGCCCUGCACGCACUGAAUUGAAAAACUAACCUACUAGACGGGCUCGAUUAUCUGUAUGUAUGUACAAGCGCAGCGCUUUCUCUUUUCGGAAUUUGC